AUUGCUUCCUGCACUUGAGACUUUAUAAUAAAGUAUAUUAAAUACUUUAGUUUGACGCGCAGGUAAUUUCCCUGGAAUUCUGAUGACAUAUAGGUAACGUGUGGGAAAGCGGAGAUGAGGGUCAGUAUAGAUAAAGAGCAGAAUGUGCUGCCAAUUCAUUCUGCUCCUCGCUUCGACAAGGUCAUUACAGAUCAAAUUUGAAUUUUUUGACACCUCUUUGAACAGUUCUUGCUAUACGGAAUUAUGCCUGCUACCACUACCAGAGCGAGUAAACGAGUGAAAAGGCGAACGCAACCAACCCGACCCGGCCGUCCGCGACGAUCGUCCCGCUCCGGUCCACUCACGGCUCCCAGUACAUCGGUGAAUACCUUGCCGCAGCCAUUGUCCGCGCCAACUACUGCACCAACAACAGACAACACCUCUGCGGGGUCUACCAACCAUUUUACCCUCUCAGAAGCUACUCUUGCCCGAAUAAUUUCGGAAACAACGCAGGCGGUCAUGGCCAACCUCCAGUCACACACCAUCCCAUCUACACCGCCCGAGUUCUCGACGGAGACGCGUGAAUUGCCAGUGGUUGCUUCGGGUGUGUUGGGUACGGCAGACGCCACGAUGCAGGGGCCGGUGGCGUCUGCUUUACUCAAUAUAUCAGGUGAGCCUAACUUAGUGCCGGUAUCGCGGUCCCCAACGCCAAGCUCCAAAUUUAAUUCCAUCAGUUUGCCUAUCGGAGCAAACGUUAGUGCCAAAUUGAAGUCGAAAAUUUGGGCCAAUGAAUUUUUAGAUUUCAGCCUAUUGCUUGGUUCUGGGGCUUGUGAUACUCGUUAUCAGCUGUCGGUGGGGCCUCAAGAAGGCUCCAAUGUUCCGCUUUUAUCUUUGGAACCAACACACAAAGUGAAGUCCAUCCCUAAUAUCGAGGCAUGGACUUCAGCGUUUCAAAUUUUUGUCGGGGUGUACACAACUAAAUUCCCCAUGGAGGCCCCCGCUUUGAUGAAAUACGGCGAAGUUGUUCGCGAUUUGGCUGCUCGCGGGGGUGACUGGCGUUUUUACGACGCUCAAUUUCGUCUUUUGCGUCAAACUAACCCAGCCGAUGCACCGUGGAGCGACACUCACUGGGAACUGUGGAUAAGGGCGCAAAAUUUCAAUCAUUCACGCUUCACUAAAACCCAGCUACCUACGCGUAAUCAUGGGUCUAAUUCGCCAGCGUCAGUUCCUGCCCUAUUUGUUCCCAGGGGAUUUUGUCGCAAGUUCCAUCGGGGCGGCGAUUGUCCGGGCUGUAAUUUUAAACAUCAAUGCUUUAAAUGUGGUGUAGUCCACUCCGCACUCCGAUGUAAUUUUCGUCCCUCACGCUCAAAUUCGCAGUCAACCCCUGCAGCAUCCAAGUCCCGUCCUGCCAACACCAGUACAAAUUAAUAAACUCUCCCCUCUACUAUGUGGAUAUGAUGUGCGAUUGACAUCUAUGUUAUAUAAUGGUUUUCAAUUUGGUUUUCCCCUUCAUUUUGAAGGCAUUCGUAUAUCGUUUUUUGCAACAAAUCUUGUUUCGGCCCUGCAGAACCCGGAAAUCGUUAGUGCUAAACUUUCGAAAGAAUUAGCGGCGAAUCGCAUUGCUGGGCCCUUUGACAAUCCCCCUUUUCCCAAUUUUCGAGUCUCUCCGCUAGGCGUUGUUCCUAAGAAAACUCCAGGGGAGUACCGUUUGAUUCACCAUUUGUCAUUUCCGAACGGUGCUUCUGUUAACGAUGGGAUUGCUCCCGAGCAUACCUCUGUGAACUAUGCUCGUGUCGAUGAUGCAGUUUCUAUGAUCAAGCAGCUUGGGCGCGGUUGUUUUCUUGCGAAGACAGAUAUCAAAAGCGCAUUUCGUAUUAUUCCCAUACGCCCUGCCGAUUACGAUCUCUUGGGUAUUUUUUGGCAAGGCAAAUAUUAUUAUGAUCGAGUUAUGCCUAUGGGGUGUGCGUCGUCAUGUCGCACUUUCGAGAUGUUUAGCACUGCUAUCGAAUGGGUUGCUAAGACACACUUGUCAAUCGCGCAUCUAAUCCACAUUCUCGAUGAUUAUCUAAUGGCCGCACCUACUUAUCACCAAUGUCGCAUUGACCUUGUUCGCUUUUUGUCUCUCUGUGAACACGUAGGCGUGCCAAUCGCUCCAGAAAAAACAAUCGGCCCACACAACGUUCUUUCCUUUGCCGGCAUUGAAUUAGAUACUUUGUGCAUGGAAGCCCGCUUACCUUUGGAUAAAACUGACAAAUGCAAGCAGUUGAUAUCGGCUUUUCUUUGUCGCAAAAAGGUCACAUUACGCGAGAUACAAUCUUUAACCGGUUUACUCAAUUUUGCUUGUUCAGUCGUUGUCCCUGGGAGGGCCUUUCUCCGACGUCUUAUUGAUUUAACUAAGGGCGUACGGUGUGCUCAUCAUUUCAUUCGCCUAACUAAAUCGGUAAAGGCUGAUCUCGAAAUUUGGCAGUCGUUUUUAGCCAAUUUUAAUGGCCGAUCGUUUUUUCUCAAUGACAUGUGGCAUGACUCUGCUAGCCUUAACCUGUACACUGAUUCUGCGGCUAGCUUCGGCUAUGGCGCGCUUUUUGGUUUUGAGUGGUGUUACGGUGCCUGGCCCGACAAUUGGAAAACUUUUAACAUAACCAUUUUGGAAUUCUACCCAAUCGUAUUAAGCGUUCUUCUGUGGGGAGACCAGAUGCGUAACCAGCGUAUAACUUUUUUCACCGAUAAUGCGGCAUUGGUUGAUAUUAUAAAUAAGGCUACUUCUCGUGAUGUGACUGUUAUGGUGUUUGUUCGACGCCUGGUGCUGGCUUGUUUGCAAUUUAAUAUUCUCUUUCGCGCUCGCCAUGUAGCGGGGGUUACAAAUGUUUUGGCUGACUCCUUAUCUCGCUUGCAGGUUUCGAAGUUCAAACGGCUAGCUCCGGUGGGCGUUCGGCCAACACCGACAGUCAUACCGCCUCACCUUCUCCCACACAAUUGGCCGCUAUUACCUCGCGGUUAAUUCAAUCUAGUUUGCAGCCUUCGUCAAUCCCUACCUAUCGCAGGGCAUGGAAACUCUACAAUCAGUUUUCUUCUGCAGUUUUUCAAUCUGCUUCAGUCAAACUGCCCAUAUCGCCUUCAGACUUGGGUUUAUUUAUCGCAUUCAUGUUUCAGCGCAAUUAUGCAGCCUCGACCGCGAAUACAUAUGUUUCUGCAUUAGGUUAUUGUCACCGUUUAACGGGCGUGCAUGACCCUACAAAGGUAUUUUGGGUUCUCGAAAUGUUGAAAGGAUAUGGUAAGCUUGGCUCCGGUGUUGAUGCACGCCUUCCAAUCACUAUUUCUAUCCUCCGCACAAUUUUACAACAGACUUCUCUCGUUGCAUCUAGUGAAUAUCGCGCACUUUUAUUUAGGGCAAUGUGUACGACAGCCUUUUUUGCCUUUUUGCGGGUUGGUGAAAUAACGACUUGCCCACGGUCUCCCGGCGUGCUUCAAUUAUCUCAAGUGGUUCAGCUUGUUGAUAAUUUGGGCAAUAUUUCCGGUUUGAAAAUCAAUUUUGCGAACUUUAAACAUUCCUACAAUCAACCUCGUGUUUCUCUUACACUUCACCGCCGUUCCGAUAUUUGCCCUGUGCAGACAUUACUCGACUAUUUUGCGCGUCGCGGUUUAUCCGAUGGCCCACUUUUUCGCACUCUCGAUGGGCGCGCAGUAACACGCAAACUAUUUACUGAGCAUUUGGCUUUGAUUUUUCGUGCAUGUGGUCUUGACCCUACUAAGUAUAAGGGGCACAGUUUUCGAAUUGGUGCAGCUACUUUCGCUGCGGAAUGCGGUUUUUCUGACGCUCAAAUCAGAGUAAUGGGUAGGUGGAAAUCCGACGCAUUCCGCAAGUACAUUCGUAGUCCAAACUUAUCUUCGCGACCUAUUUCGCAUCAUAUGUCGACAUGAGUAAUUUAUUGCCGUGCCUGGCGGGGGUUGACCUUGGCUGCACACCUCUUAGUUCGUACUUAUUUCGUUAUAUCCCAUAUUCGUUGCAACUACGAUAACUACGAUGAGACUCAUUGGUAAUCGGGCGCAAUGCUGAUACAGGGGUAAAGCUAGCGCUCCUCUACCUCAUAUCACUAUUUUCAUAUUGGCGACUCAGGUUGCAGAUACUCGGCCGGUCAAUGCAGGGGCACGACUGGUUGGAGAUCUGUACCUUUUCCUUGCUGCGAUUCUUAUAUGUGGGUUUCUUAUA